UGUGAGACGGCGGCUGUGAUGGAGAUCGCUCGCACACAAAGCCUCCAUUUCCACCUCUGAACCGGCUCUCCCAGGCAGUUGGCCGCUCGCUGACGCUUCAUUCCCACGUUCCGAAACUUCAUCAAUGCGGUUCUUCCGACUUACCUUCAAGUGUUUUGUGGAUUGUUUCUGAACCCCCUCCCCCGCUCCCCGAGGUUCUCUCUGUCUUUUUUUUUUAAAAAUCAUUCUAAUUUUAUUUUAUAAAAAAAAAGACUAAAUAUAUUUUUGAUUUGCUGCGAGAAAAAAAAAAAAAAAAGAAAAGAAAAAAAAAAAUCUAUAAAUAUCGGAGACUGAAACCUGCACCGACGAUGAGAAGUAUAACGACCGGGGCGAAAGACAAGAGCGCAGAGAAAGAUGGGAGCUCUGGGGUCCCAGAAAUGGAGGGAUCGGAGCCAGCAGGUGGCGGGGAAACAGAUGAAAAGGCUGUCGUCGCUCCUCUGGUGCUGCCUGCUAUGGGACCAGUCAAAAUACCCAUCCCAGAGAGAGAGACGUGGACCCGUCAGAUGGAUUUCAUCAUGUCUUGUGUGGGUUUUGCUGUUGGCUUGGGAAAUGUAUGGAGAUUUCCGUACCUCUGCUACAAGAAUGGUGGAGGUGUGUUUCUUAUUCCUUACUUGCUGAUCGUCUUCGUGGGAGGCAUUCCUGUGUUCUUUUUGGAAAUCGCUUUGGGUCAAUUCAUGAAGCAGGGCGGAAUCGCAGCGUGGAACAUCGCCCCACUUUUUAAAGGUCUUGGUUUUGCUUCUAUGGUGAUAGUGUUCUUCUGCAACACCUAUUAUAUUAUGAUCCUGGUCUGGGGCCUCUAUUAUCUAGUACACUCAUUCACCAACACCUUGCCCUGGGCCACGUGUGGAAACCCGUGGAAUACAAAGGAGUGUACUGAAGUCUUCCUUGUAGAUCAGUGCUCCAAUGAGACUACUACAAACGACACCAAUUCCAGCUUUAUGUACAACAUCAGUUGUGAAUCUCUAUUGAACAAACGUUCCCCCAUCAUUGAGUUCUGGGAAAAUAAGGUGCUGCAGAUCUCCAGUGGCCUCGAUGAGCCUGGGCAGUUAAACUGGCAGAUGAUACUUUGCCUGCUGGCCACCUGGAUUAUUGUCUAUUUCUGCAUCUGGAAAGGAGUAAAGUCAACAGGAAAGGUGGUCUACUUCACAGCUCUGUUUCCGUAUGUGGUUCUGAUUAUCCUCUUAGCUCAUGGGGUCACUCUGCCGGGGGCUCUGGACGGCAUUGUCUACUAUCUAAAACCGAACUGGUCUAAGCUGGCUGAAGCUCAGGUAUGGAUUGAUGCUGGAACACAGAUCUUCUUUUCUUAUGCUAUCGGUUUAGGGGCAUUAACAGCUCUGGGCAGCUACAACAGAUUUCACAAUAACUGCUACAGGGACGCUUAUAUUUUGGCUGCCAUAAACAGCGCCACAAGCUUCUUUGCUGGUUUUGUGGUUUUCUCUGUCCUUGGUUUCAUGGCAUCAGAGCAGGGAGUGGACAUAUCAAAGGUUGCAGAGUCUGGUCCGGGACUGGCCUUUAUUGCAUAUCCAAAGGCUGUGACAUUGAUGCCAUUUGCUCCGAUCUGGGCCGCCUUGUUCUUCUUUAUGCUAUUGGUCCUUGGUCUUGACAGUCAGUUUGUGGGGGUCGAGGGAUUCAUUACCGGGAUCCUAGAUUUAUUUCCACAACCAAUUAAUGGCUUUGUGCGCAGGGAGGUCACCGCUGCACUCUGCUGCCUUCUGUGUUUCAUAAUUGACCUCUCCAUGGUGACUGAGGGCGGGAUGUACGUCUUCCAGCUUUUCGACUACUAUUCCGCGAGUGGCAUCACUUUGCUGUGGCAAGCCUUCUGGGAGUGUGUGGUUAUUGCGUGGGUUUAUGGUGCGGAUAGAUUUAUGGAUGACAUUGCUCGCAUGAUUGGUUACCGGCCUCUCCCAUACAUGAAGUGGUGCUGGUCUGUGAUUACUCCUCUUGUCUGCGUGGGUAUUUUCGUGUUUCAUGUGGUUAACUACAAGCCUCUGACCUACAAUAAAACCUAUGUUUAUCCCUGGUGGGGCGAAGCGAUUGGCUGGGGUCUGGCCCUGUCUUCUAUGCUGUGUAUCCCACUGACUGUUGUAUGCAAGCUGCUAAGAGCCAAAGGGUCUCUGCGGGAGCGUUGGCACCACCUCACCAUCCCGGUGUGGGGUCACCACCACCUUGAAUAUCUUACCCCCGAAGCAGAAACCAAACUGCUCCCCCCCGACUCUCUGGUCACCAUCACAAUGGAGAAAGCCACUUUAUUCGAAACAGUCAUCUAAGAAGUCGCCCGUGCAAAGAGCCCGCCACUUAUGAUGUGUUGUAAUGUGUUGUGCCAAUCCGUUCACCUGUCUGUAACUCCUGUGCCAGGGUGAGGGCGACCCAGUGCAGGACACCAUGAUAUAACUGCCCCCCCCCCAUAUCUGCCCUGUAAGAGCUGAUUGAAUAGUAGUCCUAUGUAUCCCCUGCUCCACGGGCAGCGUCUUACAUGACGCCAUAGAAUAGUUAAAUGGCCCCAAACCCCCUUUACCAUGUGAGGGGCCCCAUAGCACAGAUCAGACUGGCCCCCAUUGUGAUGCUGGUUGUUGCCACCUUGAACAGAAGGGUAAGGGGUUUGUUCACCCUUACCACGACCCUUUGUCUAGUUUUCCGACCCCCCUUGUUUCCUAUGCAGCUCCUCUGGUGUCCUGCACAGGUUCUCCCACCCAGUGGUAAAGAGGCCGGGACCAAACCCCCCUCCCUCGCCGAGGACCCCAUAUCAUCCGCUAUGGUAUAUGUGCCCUUGGAGAUGUAAUGAGUCCUUCGCUUUUGCAAGGCAUGGAGGGUAGAGGAAGAUUGGGGUGAACGAGCACUGGGCCGCCCUAUCCUGGCAUGGUGUGGGGGUAUGAAGCAGUGCUUGUGAGGGUCUCUGUUCUGCUGUAGGACCCCUUCUCCUCUAGGUAUAGACCUCAGUCCACUGUAUUAUAGUCAAUUCCUUCUCUGCUAGCCUAAUAUAAUACAGGGACAUGGCCACCAGAACCAUGUGGGCCUGACUGGGAAAUGUGGACCUUGAGGUAAUGAUUCUGGGGUCCCAUCCUCCGUCUAUAUACAGAACCAAAUCUGAAACCUUCCUGCCGCUACAUAUGGUGCUCCAUCCUAGAGGUAUAGCUUCAAGAUCCUGGGCCAGAUACAAAACCUAGUGAUGUAUAGGGUAGGGGCUCAGUAAUGGACAGAGCAGUGGGUUUUUAUUUAAAGGGGUUGUCCACCAUUAUAGGGAAUCUGUCAGCAGCGUCCGUCCUGUCCCGCUGCUUGCAUACACACAGAGCUGUGCUUCGCCUGACUACUGUUUUUCUUUUUUUGAUCCCAGUUACGAUACUUUUCCUUAAUAUGCAAAUUUGGCCUUUGGUGCAAUGAGGACGUCACCAUUGCUCUCGUCGCAUCCAAGCUCCACUCCUUUUUGUGUCCAGC